AUGGAUAAUCAAUGGGAUUCAGCUCCACAGCAGACAAGAACAUGGGAACAGUUGAUGGCCCUGAGCAAAGUCAUGAGGGCUGAGACAAGAAAAGCUAUGUCUCUACCGUUUUCAAAAGUAGACCUGGUCCCCUCACCCGAUGGUUAUGCCAUAUAUGCCUUGGGAACAGCUCCUGGCAAGUCACAUCAAACUGUUCUUUCAACAAAUGUAAAUUCGUCACGUCCUCUAAGUCUGUCUUCUGUAUACGAAUCCGAUUUAUUAAAAUCUACUAACCAUAGUCUUGACUUUUCACUCAUGUGUGAGCGCCAACGCACAUCAGUAGUUAAUGGAGUAACGGAAUACGCUGUACAUCCAUCAGGCAAAGUUCUACUGCUAUCCACAGGAGAACACUUGCUCAAAGUUACGGAUUCGGCCGUUCACCCUGUGGCUAGGGACCCGAAACUAACUGCCUUUGGUGCCCCCUCAUUCAUAUUUGACGCUCAAAUAUCCCCAUCUGAUCCUUCAUACAUAUCUUACGUUAUGAACAAACAGGUUCAUGUAGAAAAUGACACUGGACUAAUAUAUUCUACAUCUAGUCAAGAAGAACAUGUAACAAAUGGUGAACCGGCUUUCAUUACUCAAGAGGAGUUAGAUAGAUUCAAUUCUGUUUGGUGGAGCCCCACGAAAACAAGACUUUUAUAUGAGCGAGUCGAUCAAUCGAAAGUUGAUACAUUAUCGUUUGCUUGCCCUGGACAUCCUCCCCCAACUCCUAUGAAGUACCCUGUUGCUGGAAGUAAGAAUGCUACUUCUGAGCUCAGAAUCAUCGACAUCGAAAACGGAAAGGUGAAAGAUGUUGGAUUGAAAACACCUUUGUAUGCUCAAUAUCCCUGGAUGGAAUAUGUAGUGCGUGCUGGUUUCCUCAAUGAUGGAAGAACUGUCUGGGCUGUAAUCAUGGACCGAGCACAAACGCGCUCUUGUCUGGUUAUCAUUCCGGAAUGCUCAUUCGAUGGUUUCGAUGAUCUUCAUUCGCCUGUACCAAAAAGUGUUAUCGUUCGGGAGGAAGUCUCAACUUCUUGGAUAAACUAUCACAACUUGACGAUCCCUCUUGACAUCCCCAGUCCUGCUUCUAUCAAGUUCAUUUUUGGUACAGAGGAGAUGUCUCAAUGUCAUUUCAUCCUGAUUGACAUGUCCAUCAAUAAACAGAAAGAAACUGUUGAAACGAAGUACUUCCCAAUAACUGCUGGGGAUUUCACCAUCUGUAAAUCGACACAACCUGUCGUGGACUCCAAGAGAAACAAUAUCUUCUAUGUAGCGAACUAUUCAGAUCCUACUGAAUGGAAUAUUUGUGUAAGUAAUUAUGACCUAAGCUCAGGACAACCCAAAUUACGGCAAUUAACUCCUAGUGGCUACAGCUUCAGAAUUGAAAGAGCCUAUCACAAGCUUUGCCUGAUUCCUGAUGUUGGUUUCAUCUGCUGGUUGACAUCAUUGACUCAACCUCAUGUCUGUCAGUUCUACUCUCUCAGUUACAACAAUCAUGAUAAUCUACCUGAAGCUAACUUUGUUACCACAAUUACUACUUACGGGUGUUCACUUCUGCCCCCUAUAGCCUCUAAUUAUCCGGAGAUCUUGAAGUUCAAGUCAAAGAAUAGUGGAUUUAUGCAUAUGGCCAUGGUGAUCAGGCCUACUAACUAUGAUCCAUCCAAGAAACACCCCGUUGUUCAAUUCGUUUAUGGAGGACCAGGAAUACAAGUUGUUCGAAACGAUCACACUGCUUGGAUCUCUUUCCAAAAAUUCACGAGACUUGGUUAUGUGGUCGUUAUGAUCGAUGGUCGUGGCUCUAGCAAUAGAGGACACUCAUUCGAAGCUCCUAUCAAGAAUAAUAUGGGUAAUUGCGAAGUUGAAGAUCAAGUGGAAGGUCUCAAAGAAGUUGCUCGACUGACAAAUGGGCUAAUGGACUUAAGUCGCGUUGUAAUUCAAGGAUGGUCUUACGGUGGAUAUAUGUCUUUAUUAUGUUUGGCUAAAUAUAGUGAGGUUUAUCGAGGUGCGAUUGCUGGUGGAGCUGUGACAGAUUGGAGAUUGUACGAUACAGCAUACACAGAAAGGUACUUAGGAUACCCCUUAGGCGCUCAAUAUGAUACAUGUUCUGUUUUAAAACUGGUAGAGCAAUUACCUGACGAACCAGGGCGAUUGCUUUUAUUACACGGGUUAAUGGAUGAGAAUGUACACUUUAGACAUGCAGAGGCUUUGAUUGAAGCUUUGAUCAAAGCUUCGAAGCCGUAUCAACUUCAGAUAUACCCUUCUGAGAGACAUGGUGUACGUUCUCCAUCUGGUGCAAGUCAUCUCGACGCAACGAUGCUGUAUUUCAUUCAAAAUCUGCUGAAGUAA